AACUGCAAAGGAAAGGUUGUUAUUUUCUGUUUUCAUCACGAAUUUUUGUGCAAGAAAAAAUAGUUUUUAGUGUGGGAGUUUUACCAACAGCAAAAGUAUAAAUCAGUGAUGCAUACGUUCAGCGAAACCGGUACCGGAGUUCCGGCAUUCCUGGCUAAGCUGUGGAGGCUGGUAGAGGACCCGGAGACAAACGAUCUGAUUUCCUGGAGCACGGAUGGUAGGAGUUUCAUAAUCCAAAAUCAGGCUCAAUUUGCCAAAGAGCUCCUGCCGCUCAAUUACAAACACAACAACAUGGCAAGUUUCAUACGACAGCUAAAUAUGUAUGGUUUCCACAAGAUAACUUCUAUUGACAACGGUGGGCUGCGAUUCGAUAAGGACGAAAUGGAAUUCACCCAUCCGUGCUUUCAAAAGGACCAUCCAUAUCUGUUGGAACACAUCAAACGUAAAAUCGCUACGUCGAAGCAGCAACAACAGCAGCAGCAGCAGGACGAGAAAGGUGGACUAAAAAUCGAAGCUGUAAAUCGAGUGCUGUCGGAAAUAAAAAAUAUGCGCGGUCGUCAGGACACGUUGGAUUCGCGAUUUUCCACGAUGAAACAGGAGAAUGAAGCUUUGUGGCGAGAGGUGGCUAUCUUGAGGCAGAAACAUCUCAAACAGCAACAGAUUGUCAAUAAGCUAAUCCAAUUCUUGGUUACAAUCGUUCAACCAUCACGAAGUGGGCUUAGCACUAUGGGAGCAGGAAACAAGCGUCGAUUUCAGCUAAUGAUAAACGAUGCGCCACAGUCGAAAGUUAAAAAAACGGAUAACAAUGAAGGGGCUACGAUACAAGAACUGGGAGAAGUAUUGGAGGAAGUGGCUUACGAGAAUGAACAGGAGUUGCUGUUGCAGGAUACAGGCGAAAAAGGAAAACUCUCAUCUAGCGGUAGUAUUAGUAAGAAAAAGAAACGUACGUCCAGCAAGUCGACCAGGACAUCCGAUAUGCCAGAGGUUACUUCUCCAAUAUCCACCCAGGAAUCGCCGUAUCAUCCGGGAAUUGUGAAUGAUAACAUUGAGGAAGUUGUAAGUCCGGGAACGCCAACCUUCACACCCCAGCAAAGAUCAGUUGGCAUCAAACAGGAGAGGCCUGAAUGUGCCCCAGAUCUCACGGAAAACAUUAUACAAUUAAUUGACGGGGAAACCUACGAUGGGCAGGAUGCAAUUGAAUACGACGAUGAAGGCUACUUGGUGGAUCAUGUAGACGAGAUCAAUUCUGAUAAUAUAACUGGAUACAACGACACCGACAUGUUGAAUACUCCACUGGUUAUCAAAGAGAUGCAAAAGCAGAAUCAGCAGAUGCAGCAAAAUCCUCCACAGAUCCGGCAGCAGCAGCAGCAGCAGCAACAACAACAGCAAAAGUCAAUAAACAAUGGUGAAAGUUUGCUUAAAACAAAGAAAAACGGAAUUGCUACCAAAACACAGAAAAGUUUGUUGAACAACAACAGAUUGCCCCAACCAGCAGGAUCUGGCGUCAGCAACGUUUCAACGCGAGGAGGUAAGAAAAUCCAAGCAUCAGGGAAACAGAUGAGUUUGAUGAAGGAUAACGUUGAAGCGGUAGCUGGUUCUUCUGGAAUAAGUGCGAACUUUACCGCAAAUGUAGAACCGCUAUCGACGUCCUCACCUGCAGGCUACGGGGUUGGCGAUUUUAUCGUUAACGAAGUGCCAGCCGAUCUUUUCGAUGACAACAGUCAGUUGGAGAAGGAAUCCCCUAUGCUAGGUGCGUUUAACUUUGAAAGUGGUUUCUACAACCCCAAUAUCAAUAUAAACGAGAUGAAGGGACGACAGCUGUUGGUUCAACAGCAGCAGCAGCAGCAACAACAACAACAACAGCAGCAGGAACAAACCGAACAGGACUUUGCCGACAGUCAGAUCACCAACAAUGAGCAUAACCAGCAUGACGACGAUGAGGAGGAAACAUCCAACGCCCGUACCCUGACACGAUUUGUAAGCAACGAAAUGGAUGUCAAUCGUUUGCAGUCUCUGGCUGAGUACGGUCAGCAAAUAGAUGCCGUUCAGACGGAUUUGGACUCUUUGAAGGAUCUACUGAAGGGCGAAGGUUACCAGUUGGAUGCCAAUGCCUUGCUUGGGACGGCAGGCGGAAAUACUCCACAGUAUGGCAGAGUUUUCUUCUCGCCAACUGCAUCGUCUGCAUUUGAUAUCAACAAGCUAUUCAAUGGCAAUGAAGAUAUCGUCGGUUACGAUUUCCCAAUGAACCUUCCCGACAUGAGUGACACACAGAAGAAGAGUGAUGGUAGUACGAUGGCGGUAACCGAUGCGAGCGGAGCUAGCAAUUCGAUUGGUAAUAUAUCGCCAAAUACUUCAGCUGCGAAUCAGCUAAUUGCCUACAAAACAGUUCCAGCAAGUACCCCAACCGGUGAUUACAUCGAUCUGAACGAACUUCUCAAUCUCGAUGAAGAGGAAGAUGAAAAUUCGAUUAUGAUUUAGGCAUGUCCGCAGUGCAACAGCGGUAUCUGUUUCUUGUUUUUUUAUAUAACUACCAAUUUUGUUUGUUUAAAGGUACCUCUAAAAUAAGAAUAUAUAUAUAUAUACAUAUAGAAUAUGUUCACACAGCAGUCCUUAAUCGUAUGGUACGGUCUCGACACGGAACUCAUCUUGUACUUUCACGAUAAUAUUGCGUUAGAGGUUUUGCCCCAAACAGUGAUACAUGGAAGUGAUACGGUAGGGCUGAAUGCACACUUUCACAGUCAUAAGGAUAGAAAAGAUAGAUGCAGACUCUCCAGAUCCGUACGUUUGCUUAUAGAAUAUUGGCGCACAGUUUGAGAGCAAACAAACGUACGUGUCUGAUCUGCUUCGAGAACAGGAAAAAUAUAUAUAUUAUACUCGUUAUUCAGUCAUUUAACAGUUGUUUUUUCUCUUAUUUUUACAUAACUAUGUAUCAAGUCACAGUACCACUAAGCGGUUUGGGUCAGACUAUUUUACCGAUAUGCCAGAAAUAUGAAGGCAGUACCUGUUUGAUUUGUUACAAAGAAUAAUAUAAUGAAGGCCGGCCAAAAUCUUUUUUUAUCCAUAAAGCUAUGCUAAACUAUUGCAUUUAGUGUACUAAAAGCCGACGAUCAAGCCUUGAAUGAAAAACAUGUUCAUAACAAAGAUAGGUAUUUGUAACAAGUUCGGUGUGAUUGGUCCAUCGUUUGAAAAGUACUGAGUGAACACUGAUAAUUAUUCGAUCUGCUGUAAGUUUGAAUGUGAAUAAUGUCUUAUCGCAUUGUCUGAAGCGAACACGCAGAAUAAAUUAUUCUGUUUCAGUUACACA